UAUUGGAACAGCUGACAUGACAGCGCCUGUCAUCCAAUACGAAACGAUAACAUCAGUUUGCUUACAACAUGCUUUGUCUACUUUCUCUGAUGCAUUGAAAUAAAAUGUUUUGCAAUAAAAGCUUUCGGUUGUUGUUAGUGACACAUUUAAAUCUGUCUAAAAUUUACACAUUUCAACGCCACAACGUUAGCGAUAAAGUUAAGUUUUUGGAGAAAAUUUUGGAUUUCGGUUCAUUAACAGCAACGGAUAAGUUUUUACAGAAACAUGACUAUUUGAUCGAUGUGGAUGAUGGUGCCGUUUCCGAUUCGAUUCGAUAUUUAAAAGAGAUUGGCACCCCCAUCGAAAACAUACGAGAGCAGCCGGAAAUAUUGUGCAGCGACCGCAUAACAUUGAAAAACCGACAUGAAGUCUUAAGCGAAUGUGGAUGCUCGAACGUAAACAUAGGCUCUCUGCAGCAUUACAACCAAAUCGUCCGUCAGACUGAAGCGUCUCUCAAAAGUCUUGGCAUCAUUGACAACAAUAUCAAUCUACAAGAGCGGCUGGCAAGUCGCCUGAAAGUGCAAUUGCGUCCGUGUAAGGAAGACGCUAAUUUGACAGCGGUUCGUUUGCACUUUUUACAAUUGUUUUUUGUGGAUAAUGGUCUUAUGACGCCUAAAGAAUUCAAUAAGGCAUUUCGCACGGACCAUGUUCGUCAGAAGUCCUAUCAAUCGACGGAAAAUAUUUUGAAAAUAUUGACCGAACAGUUGGACAUACCGAAAGACAAAAUCAGAGACUACAAACAGGCACUAGGAGCUGAUCCAGACACUCUACAAAAAUUGCUCACAAUCCAACUGAUCAGAGGCGUGAAUACGAAAGACUUUCUAAAACAGAAUCCGAGCGCAAUGGUUCUGUUACCGGACAGCGUUCAACGAACGCUAAAGGAAUUGGAGAAGGUCGAAUUGAGCGACGAAUCGACAACGAAAUACACUAAUGUGCUCUCCAAGCUGAUGAAGCUGGAUCCGAAGGACGUGCACAGGCGACUGAAAGAAAUGGAAACGCAACCGCAUAUUCAAGCGAUGUCAUUUCAUCCGAAGUUUUUGAAGUUAAUUUUACACUAUUUCAAGGCUGAGUAUCGGAUGAAACACAUGGAAACGGUAGAGAAGAAGUGCUUCAAUAUCGAUGCUUUGACACGGCAACAUUCUGAAUUUCGAAAAUUCUAUCAACGUGAGAACGAUCAACAUAUGGAGAGGGACUGCAUCCGCUUCUUGACUACGAAUCUGAAUAUUGACGCGAAACAAGCGAAAGAUGAAAUGAAUCGGCAUCCGUACUGGAAGAACGUUGCCUUUGUGGAUGUGAAAGACACAAUCGACAGAUUGAAGCUGACCGGAUUCGAGCUGGAAGAUAUUCGCGCCAACGUUCACAUUGUUCUGUAUUCGGGAGAUCUCAUCGUAAGUCGUUUUAAGAAAUUUAGCGAAAGCGAACCGUUCGAAGGCCAUAGCUGGACGGACUUACCGAAAAGUGUCCAAUUGAAACUGAUCCUGUACGAUAUCGAGCGUGAACGGCAUUUCAGUGGGGACGGCGUUUGGCUGGAUCGUAAAUGUGACGGCUCAAAUUUGGUGGAUGAUUAUUAUAACUGACUGCUUCAUGCCGUCAAAGCUCAGGUAAAUUGUAGGUCAUUACAGAGGAAAUUCGUCAAAAAUAAAAUUGUGAAUCAAAGCGUCGACUGAUUU